AUGUCCUACUACGGAGAAAGAGAUACUUACUACGGCGGCCCGCCUCAACCCACGUACGGCCGUCCUCCUUAUGACCGUCCCCCCUACGAGCAACAGCAACACCAACAACCAUCCUACAACCGCCCCCCCUACGACAUGCCACCUCAGAACUCACCCUCGUACGAUCGCCCUCCCUACGAGCGGCCCCCCUACGAGCGUCCUCCCCCCGAGCGCUCCCCAUCCUCCUUCGAUCCAUCCCGCCCCCGCUACGAGGGACCACCCUACAACAGCUCCUCGCCCGCUCCCUCCGCCCGUCCGCCCCAAAACCCCCCACCACCCCUCCCCAUCGGCUGGGUCCAAGAAUGGGAACCCAGUCUCCACCGCGCAUACUUCGUCGAGACGGCAACAGGCCGCUCGCAGUGGGAGACGCCCAUGCAGGACUCCGAGCAUGCGAGGGGACUAGGCGGGCCCCCGCCUGAGUCGGCAGGCUACUAUGCUUCUCCCCCUCCGCCGCCGCCGCAGGACGGAGGCUACUACCCCCCUGCCGGGCAGUAUCCGCCUCCGGAAGAGAAGAAGAAGUCCAGCGGGGUGGGGAAGAUCAUUGCGGGGGGUGUGGCGGGUGUAGCGCUCGGUGCGGCUGGUAUGGCAUUGUGGGAACAUGAGAAGCGUGAGGAUGAAGAGGAGGAGGAGCUCAAGGAGCGGGUGGAGAGGUUGGAGGAGGAGCAGUACCGUUCUGGCUCGAGUUCGGAUCAUGAGCGGGCUCACUCGCCUGAUUUGGAUGACUGGUAG